AUGGCUACUACUCUCAGCAGGAUAGUAAGCAAGCUGUCUUUUGCCUCUCCCAGGAGCUGCUUCGUGUGUCCAGGACUGAGUCUAGUUCAAGCCAGGGCCAAGGGCAAACAGUCCAAGAAAGUCAAAAACAAAAAAGACAUGAGAAGAGAAAUAAUGAAGGAGUUUGUUAAGAAGCAAGAACUUGAGAAACUUAUGCACACUGCCUCUCUGAAAGCUGCUAAAAUGGGAGAACCUUUUGACCCUGAGAUGCUGAAUCCAGCAAGAAAGAGAAAACCAAUUGAUAAAUCUUCUGAGGAGAAAGAAAGCGAAUAUCUACUGAUCAAAGAGUGGAGUCGAUAUCGAAUGGAGACACACAAACAAGACCUGAGAGCACUCGCGGACAUGGUGGACAGCAGAGAGAAAGCUCUCAAAGAACUCAAGAAGAUCUCUCCCUUGUUGUAUGACAGAGCGCUGGAGCUGAAGGAGGACUUAUUUCCGUACGAAUGUGUGGGGCCGACUGCCACGCCCCCUAUAGCAGACUAUAGUCCACCAGACCCUGAUGAGUAGUACGUCCCAUGCAUCUGGUAGCUAGGCAAAUUAUAAGUAUGUGUGUUUCUACGAUCACAAAAUGUUUGUUUUCAAUAUGUUGAUGUUAUUUGUCUGUCAUUCAUGAAAAAUAUAAUUAUAAAAAUUA